AUGUAUGAUGAUGGAUCUGGAGGAUCAGGUGGUGGUUUGACCGCACAGGGCUUUUGGGCAAAUGGUGUUUAUAAUUCAACUAAAUUGGCAAAUUCUACUUUCGGUUUUACUUUUGGAUUUGGAGAAAGUGCACUGCAAUCGGGGUCUAAAAAUCAUGAUGGAAUUCAACAACUAACUGGUGCAACAGACAGACCAGGUUCAGGAAGUGGAUGGUUUGGAGGAUUUGCCGGUUACAAUGGAAAUGGUGGUUCUGGAGGAGGAAGUUCUUGGGCACUCUCUCCAGAUGCAAUCAUUCCAAAAGGAGAGAUUUUCGCAAAUGGUAGUUAUUAUAACGAAACAGAGAGUCAUCCAUAUUUCUUCAGCUUGGACGAUGGAUAUGUAUUCAGUGAUGUCAAAAAUUAUCCUGGUAUCUGGGAAGGUAAUGGUCGACUUGUAAUCACCAUUCUCGACUCUAUCUUUUAUCCUUCUUGUUUCAGUAACUAUUUUCAUUUCAAAUAUUCUAUUUUGUUUGUUUUUAUUAUUGAUCCUACUUCCGAAUAA